AAGAGAGGGAACUGGGAGGGGGAAAGGGGGUGUUUUUAAAACGUUUCUAAUGAAAUUUGGGGAGCGUUGAGCACGUAUUUGCUUCUGAAUUAGGAGCUGCAUGCCCACCUGAAUGGCUCCAUCAGUUCUGCUACCAUGAAGAAAUUGAUGGCCCAGAAACCAGACCUUCAGGUUCCUCAUGGAAUGACCAUGAUUGACAAGGGCAAGAGAAGAAGCCUGGAAGACGUCAGGCUGCAGCAGAGGAGGGAUGAGGACCUCUGCAUCAGCAUCCAAGGGACCAGCCCUUUUGAUGCCUCUCUUCCUUGAAUGCUUUCAUCCCAGCUGGUCUUUAGAACAACUUGUAAGAGCUUGAACUUUAGGUGUUUUCAGAUGUUCCAGAUCAUCCAUCAGAUUACCAAUAGGACUGAAGACAUAUUAAUGGUAAUGAAAGAUGUUGUCCAGGAAUUUGCUGCUGAUGGAGUCAAGUACCUAGAGCUAAGGAGCACGCCCAGAGAUGAGCCGGCCACGGGUAUGACCAAAAGGACCUAUGUGGAAGCUGUACUUGAGGGUGUAAGACAAUGCAAGGAAGAUGGCUUGGAUAUAGAUGUUAGGUUUCUGUUAUCUGUGGAUAGAAGAGGAGGACAAACAGCUGCCAAGGAAACAGUCAAACUGGCCGAAGAUUUCCUGCUUUCCACAGAUGGAGUGGUGGUAGGCUUGGACCUCAGUGGAAACCCUUCAGCAGGUCAUGGCAAGGACUUUCUGGAGCCUCUCUUAGAAGCGAAAAAAGCCGGGCUGAAGCUGGCGUUGCAUCUUUCGGAGAUCCCAAACCAGGAAGAGGAGACCAGGCUUCUUCUGGGCCUGCCACCUGACAGAAUUGGACACGGUACAUUUCUUCAUUCUUCAUCAUUGGCCUCAGGGGAUCUUGUGCAGCUGGUUCGGCAAAAUCGCACACCCCUAGAACUCUGCCUGACGUCAAACCUCAAAAGCCGGACGGUGCCUUCUAGCGACCAACACCACUUCGGAUUCUGGUACAACCUGGGUCAUCCCAUCGUGCUUUGCACGGACGACAAGGGGGUUUUCGCGACUGACCUGAGCCAGGAGUACCAGCUGCUUGCGGACACAUUCCAACUGUCCAAAGCACAGAUCUGGGAAAUCUCCUACAAUGCCAUCAACUGCAUUUUUGCUUCCAGUCAUACAAAGACGAAACUGAAGGAGCAGUGGCAUCAACUGAAAGCAUCUGUGCUUGAAUAGCCAUAUCAGACCACCAACAACUAUGGCACUCACGCUGCAUGCGCAGAGUGUUUUCUUUUUUAAAAAACGUAUUUUUUAUUAAAGAUUUAAUGGUUUAC